ACUGACAGACGAAAACGAGGUUGUUUGUAAAUGUAUUGUGUUUGUGAUGUGAAUUACAUUUUCAAACUACAUAAUUCAGCAACGUUUACGCUGACUGUAAUACCUGUAACUUUAAUCUUUAGACAAACAUGUAGUGACUGUGAAGUUUCCUUACGAAUCUACGAAUAAUCGCCAUUGAAGAUGUCUCGAGGAUACUCUGGGCGCCUCACCGGCUCGGGGUUCCAAAAUAUUGACCUCCCAGCGCCGCCGGGGACCAGCUCCAACACCAACUCGCCAAUACCCAGCCCAUAUACAUACAGCAACUCCCCGCAGCCUGAAUCUAGCAACUCUACACCGGACCAGUCCACCCCGAGGCUGCAAAUAUCAUCUAAGGGAGUGGAGAAUGCCAAGAAGCGGCUGAGAGCAUUCUCUAUACAGAAGAAGCCUCCGCUCACACCAUCUGCAUUGCCUAAGAUUACUUCUGGGACAGGCAGCACGGUGCUGAUCGGCAAGCUAUGCAGCGCGAAGGUAUCCUCAAAGCCGCCGCCCGAGGUGGAGGAGCAGAGGAAGCUGCUGAAGCCACCCAAGCCCGGCGGCAACAAAGUGGAAUCAUACACAGAGGUAAAGAAGAAGACGGUCCAAGAGAUAGAAGACAUGAAACGAAAAAUGGAGAUGAUCGAGCUGGGCAUCCCUCUCGGGCUCAUCUGUCCCCCGGAGCGGAGCGAGACAGCCAUGCCCACUAAGGCUAUGCCACCGAUUAAGUCUUUUCUGGAACCCGAAAAGGUCGACGAAAUAAUCCGAGAAGCUAAAAAGGCGAGAGCGGAAGGCAAAGAAUUUAAAUUUGACUACCACAAACUACUGCCAGGGUACGACAACCCGUUCCAGAAGAAACCUAAAGAACCAGAAGGAAAAACACCCGCCAAAAAAGAAAACAAACAUUUUGAUAGACCCCGUCAUUUAUCUAAAUUAGAUAAAUUAAAUAUACGUGACAUGGCUAGAGGUAAAUCCAGGUACAACUCCAGAAGAAGUUCCGAACACAGAAAGUCUGACAGAGAAAGUAAGGAAGACAGAGACAGGGAGAGACACAAAGGACGAGACAAAGAUAGAAGUAAGGAGAGAGACAAAGAUAGGGAUAAAAGUAAAGAAAUUAGCAAAGAGAAAGACGAUAAAGUUGAUCCUCAUGAGGAAAAGCUAGCAGACAAAUCUGAUAAAGACCCUAAAGAAACGCCAGUCGAUCUGAAAGAUUUUGUAGUCUGCGAUUCCUGGUCUCUAGACAACGAGGACAAAACAUCCAGCCCUCAGGUAGAAGAAAAGUCCCAGGUGGACGAAAAGUCGCAGGUGGACGAAAAGUCCCAACUCGCAGAAACAAUACAAAAGGUGGAAAAUGCUAAAAAUAAAAUAGAGAAUGUAUUCAAAGACCCCAUGGAACAGCUCAGGGAGAGUCUCGGCAAAACCAAACAGAAAGUAGAGGAGAUUGAAGAAAAACCUGUCAAAAUUGAGAAACUUCAACCUGUGAUAGACUCUUUCACAUACGAAAUAGACCCUGAUGAUGAAGAAGUACUGGACAUUUUCGAUGAAUCGAUCGAUAUAGAGAAGUUUGCUGAAUCAGAAAAGUCCAAAAGGCUUAAGAAAGUCAAAGACAUUGAUCAAGAUUCUUUGUCGCAAUCAUCCAAAGACAUGUCAAUGGACAAUAUGGGAGAAGACUUCUUAGAGUCAGUAAUAAGGGAGAUAAAACAAGAAUCCAUGUCAGAUGAUGACAAUAUGUCCAUAUCCAACGACAAAGGCUUAGUCGAAUACGAUCUAUCACCAGACAAAGAGAAAAACGAAGCAACCAGAUCAUUUUCCAACGCAGAGGACUCCAUAGCAUCCGGCACAGUGACUCCAGAAAUGAAGGAAGACUGCUCAAGUCAGCGGAGUCAGUACUCCGACUCAGGGUUCAGGUCAACAGAGAGUUUCAAGUCGACAGAGAGUGGUUACAAGUCGACUGAGAGUGCUUACAAGUCAUCAGAGAGCUUCAAGUCCACAGAGAGUGGUUACAAGUCAACGGAGAGCAGUUACAAGUCAACGGAGAGUGUUUACAAGUCCACGGAGGGUGUGGACGAGUUCAGGCUGGACGGGGAGAGGGAGGUAGCAGAAUCCAUGACGGAGCGCAUGGCCAAGUCCACCAUCGACUCGCUGGAGACGUGGAGCUUCGUGCUGAAGAUCUGCCAGCCGCUGCUGUUCCGGCAUGACAAGAACAAGUGCUACAAAGAAACGGCGACCUCCCCCAAACUCUGGUUCGCUGCGAGUCCGAAGCGCUGCGGCUGCGUGCGAGACCGCGCCGUGGUGUACCAGGAGCUGGACACGUGCAAGAUGGGGCUCGUGGACAGGGUCUACGGAUGCGACCAGAUCGCCGACUACCCGGAGACAAACAAACGCGGCUGGUAUCCGACAUUCGCCGAAUGCUUGACCGAAACAAAACCAGUGCAGCUAUCCAACGAGUGGGACAUCGAAAGCGCGUCUAAAACCGAAGAGAAGUUAGCUUCAGAAGAAAAAUCGGCCGCUCAAGAGAAGAUUGCAAACCGGGAGAAAUCGGCCAAUCAAGAGAAGUCAGUGUCAGAACGGGUGACUCAAGAAAGAGUUCAAAAGGCGAGCCACAAUACGCCGAAAGGCAAACAGAAGUCUUCGGCCGAGCAAGAUGAAUUGGCGGCCAAGCACGAAGACUUGACUUUAGAUAUAGAGUAUCAGAAGUUCAUGAACCUAGUCUGGCCGGAAGUAUCCGACCGCAAAGACGAAGGUACCACGCCCGACAGAGAGACACAGAAGGAGACCCCGGACAGGAGAGAAGAGAAGAAGAAGAAGCGCUCGGAGCGGUGGAGCCAGGAGACCGAUGAGGCUGAGGUGGAGAAGAAGAGCAGCAGUAAGAAAAUGAAGCUAAUGAAGGCUGACAAGGAGAAGAGCAGGAAGCGGAAGCGAUCGUGCUCCACCAUCUCGGAGGCUUCGGAGGGAGAUGCCGACAAGAAGUCCAAGAAGAAACUGUCCAAGAAAAAGCUGGAAAAGAAAAACAAGGCUAAAGAGGAAAAACGUCGCAAAUUAGAGAAGAAAUACUUGAAGAAACUCAAGGAGAAGCAGAAGAAGAAAGCCAAGAAACAAAAGACUGAGAAAAUACACGUCGAGUCCGACGAAGAGAUGAUUGAGGAGAAACCCAAGAAGCCGAGCAAGAAGAAGCAGAAGAAACUGAAAAAGAAGGAACAGAAGAAGAAGAAACCAGACUCUUCCAGCAGUUCCACAUCCAGCUCCAGUGACUCUUCCAGCGACUCCGACACCGAGUCCGAGAAGGAGAACAAGAAAAAGAAGAAGAAGAAAGCAGAAGAGAAAAGCAAGAAGAAGAAGAAAGACAAAAAGAGAAAGCGAAAGCGCUCCACUUCAGAAUCUUCAGACCAAGAAUUCGACGAGAACAUUCUAAACAACAUAAAGACAGAAAAAGUUGAAGACGAGAAAGCGCAUAAAAAACUCGAGGAGAUCCAAGACUUUUCGCCUAGAAGGCAGCUGAAAAUUCAACCGGAGAUUAUCAACAUGAAAGAGUUACAGAAUGACUUCGAGAUCAGCAAUAUGCGUAUUAAGCUGGAGAAGAUAGAAGUCCCGAUGCCAGCGGCUGAGACUAGUGAAGAAUAUGUGGAUACUCCUAUUGCUGAGCCGCCUACUAGAGAGGAGAAAGAUGAAUUGAUACAGGCGGCUGAACAACAGGCCCAAAUCCAAUCAGAACCAGAAAAAGAACCAGAUGCAGACCCCGAACAAACAAUACCACUGCCAGAGGAAUCCUCGCAAGCCUCCUCGCAAGAAUCGACCGUAAGCCUCGGCAAUAAGGACGAAAAAUACGAGAAAGACGAAAGCCACUUACGACCGUCUUCACAGAAUUCAAAUUACAGCUUCAAUGACGUCAUCAGUGCGAGUCAAAGCGGGUUCUAUCCGAAGAUGGACGACAAUGAACCUAAUGAGUACCAGAACUAUGAGAUGUAUGAACAGAUGGCUAUGGAGUACCAGAGCGGGGUUGCUAGUCAGCCCCCGUCGCAGCCGUCCCCCAUCACGUCCCGCAUAGAGACGGUGGUGUCUCGCGCGCGCGGCGAGAUCAAGUGCGACUGGCGCGCGGGCGACUCCGCGCCGCCGCCCGGCCGGCCCUCGCGCUGGGGUCUGAAGCCCAGCGACGUGAACAUCGUGCUGACGAGCCCCACCGAGUCCGUGUACCGCAUCCGCAGCGUGCUGGACCCCGCGCCCGACGACAGCGCCGCCUGCUACGAUGAAGCAUACGCGGACAUGUACGGCGCAUCGGACCGGCUGCAAUACGGGGACUGCUUCGACCGGCCGGCGCCCGCUGCCGUGGACACUCGGAGUGCGCUGGACAAGAGGAUAGACCGCGCGCUGAGGGACUCCGUUCUCGGUGAAGUGGCGAAGGAAAAUGACCCCUCUGAACAAGAGAAAGCCAACAGAUUGCAGACCACUGUCCCGGACGCGCCCCGCGCGGGCAAGCGGGUGAGCUUCGCGGACGGGUACAAGCCGGGACAGGACUCCGAUACAGAAGAACCGCCGGUUAAGAAGCGUCGGCGCGCCCGCCGCCUCGGCACCGCGUGGCCGUGCCCGGCGGAGCACCCCGACCACGUCCCUCUGUGGGACGCCCUCCCGCCCCCGCCCCCGCCCCCCGGGUCGCCGCCCCCGCGCCGCGCGCCCCCCCUGCUGUUGCCCAGUGUGAGGCAGGAGGGCGGGCUGGGGCCGCCGCCGCAUCACUUUCAUGGGAAGUUUGACCCGUCGUCGCUGCCGGGGCUGAUGCCGCCCGAGCCUCCGCCGCUCAUGCGCCUGCCCUUGUGAGGAGUGCACCAUCCACGAUGUAGCAGAGAUGUGAAAAGUGUAAGAAUAAAAGUGAAAUCGUACAGAGACUAAAAGGUACCCAGUGCAUUGACAUUUGAAUCUACCAAAUUGUGCUUCAAUAUUUCGUUCCUGUGUCUUAUGUAGGUAUGAAUGAGACAGUAUUUUUGUGGGCAAAGCUCUGUUAUGUUAAGUAUUAAAGUUUGAAUGUGAAUCUUCAAUAGAGACCUGUGUCUUGUUGUUUUGUCAACUUGAAUUGUGUUAAUAAGUUAAGAAUAUUAUUUUGAAUAUAUGACAUGAAUAUUUUUAAAUUAUC